UCGAGGUCAAGGGACCUUUAAGCGCGGCUGUGCUUUUUCGAAGCUGGAACUGGGAAGAACAAACUGCGAAUAGAAACUUCUGGAUAGAUAGAGAGAGGGGAGAAAGAUGGCGGGAGCAGCAGAGGUACAAAAGCGGCCGGGCGGGAGACCAUUCCCACCAUCGGCGAGAGGUCCGCCUCCGCCCCCUCGCCCUCGCUUUGAGCCUGUUGAUCGCGAAAAGACUUGUCCUCUCUUGCUUCGAGUUUUCACUAAGAUUGGUGGUCAUCAUUCUAAAGAAGAUUUUGCGGUGAGAGGCAAGGAGCCCAAGGAUGAGGUUCAGAUUUAUACUUGGAAAGAUGCUACACUUCGCGAGUUGACUGAUCUGGUGAAGGAGGUAGCUCCUGCAGCAAGGAGAAGAGAUGCAAGACUGUCCUUUGCAUUUGUAUAUCCUGACAAGAAUGGCCGUUUUGUGGUGAGAGAGGUGGGUAAGACCUUUUCUUAUGGCAAUGGGAGGCGAUUAGAUGACAGCAAAACUUUAAAUGAACUUAGAUUCGAGAUUGGAGAUUACUUAGACGUGGCUAUAAUGUCAGCCGAGCUCUCUAAUCUCCGAUAAGUGACAUGGGAAUGGGAAUGGGAAGUGGUGCAGUGCCAUUACCCCCAUUAAUUUAUCCUACUAUGUUAGGAAAUCAUCAAGAAGAUGCUAGUACUGUAUGAUUCGAGUUCGUAAAAUGUUGGAAAAAGGAGUGGUGCUUGUAUGGAACCCGUUCAUGUUAUGUCCUUUGUAAAAUUUUAGUAUUGUUGCUUCAGAUUUUUGGGUAGCUUUUUAAAACCUUUAUGGCAGUAUGGAAAUGUCA